GCAACGGCAACACCGCGCGCGUCACCGGCCGGCGUAGCCGGCACCAAACGUUCCUGCCACUGUGGCGGAAAAUUGCGCAGAACAACGUCGACUCUCAUCGGGUGUAAACGUGCUGCGGUCUUUAAAUACGCGAUAUAGAAUCACCGAAGCUUUAUUCUUUUUUUACUCUUGUCUCCUUUCUCAUUGUCGAAUACAAAAUCGAAAGAAUCCUUUGUGGUAUUCUAUUUAAAAAUUGUGCGCUUCCUGCAAAAAACGAAUAAAUAUUUUAUUGGAGCAAUAGAGUUACAUUUUAGUAAAGUAAAGGAAAUAAAAAAGAAAAAUGGCAGAGGACAAAAACGAAACCAGCCCAAGUGCCGAGGGUGAAAAGCCACCACAGGAAGCGGCGCCGUCGAAGCAAGAAAAAGAAGAGCCAAAAGAAAAUAAAGAAGAAGAAAAGAAAGUCGAAGAGAAUGGCGACGGUGAUAAACCCAAGGAGAAUGGCGAAGAGAAACCCACGCCAGAACCGAAGGAUAUGCGGGCUAUAGUACUGAACGGUUUCGGCGGACUAAAAAGUGUCAAGGCUUUGAGGAAGCCUGAGCCCACCCUCUCCGAAGGAGAAGUUCUUAUUCGAGUCAAAGCAUGUGGACUAAAUUUCCAAGAUUUGAUGGCGAGACAGGGUGCUAUUGAUUCCCCACCAAAAACUCCUUUCAUUAUGGGAUCCGAGUGCGCAGGUGAUAUCGAGCAAGUUGGCGAGGGCGUGGAGAACUUUAAAGUGGGCGACCGAGUGGUCGCGCUUCCUGAUCACAAGGCGUGGGCAGAGCUUGUCGCUGUACCAGCCACGUCCGUUUUCGCGCUACCAGCCGGAAUGAGCUACCUCGAUGCAGCGGCGAUCACGAUGAACUAUACUGUUGCUUACAUUCUGUUGUUCGAACUGGCCAAUUUAACGCCCGGAAAGAAUCUGUUACUCCACAGCGCCGGCGGUGGUGUGGGUCAGGCAGUCGUCCAAUUGGCCAAAACUGUGAAGGAUGUAACCAUUUUUGGUGUGUGCAGCAAAUCGAAGCACGAAGCAUUGAAAGCAACUGGCACCAUUGAUCACAUCUUGGAACGAGGCGCGGACUAUAGCAACGAAGUCAGAAAAAUCUCACCAGAGGGUGUGGACAUCGUCUUGGAUUGCCUUUGUGGUGAAGAAUGCAACAAAGGAUAUGCUUUGUUAAAACCUAUGGGAAAAUAUAUUCUUUAUGGAUCUAGUAAUGUUGUCACCGGCGAAACUAAGAGCUUCUUCUCGGCAGCACGAUCAUGGUGGCAAGUGGACAAAGUAUCUCCCAUUAAAUUGUUCGACGAGAAUAAAACUUUAUCUGGAUUGAAUUUGCGUCACUUGAUGUAUCAGCAUGGAAGUCAUGCAUUUGUGAGACGAGCAGUGGAACGGGUAUUCGCUUUAUGGAACGAGGGUAAAAUAAAGCCUGUGGUGGACUCGACAUGGGCUUUGGAAGACGUUCCGGAAGCUAUGCAAAAGAUGCACGACCGUAAGAACAUAGGUAAAAUUGUAUUGGAUCCGAGCCUCGAGCCAAAACCGAAGCCAGCAACUCCUGCUAAAGGAAAGACGAAAGAUAAGAAGGCGGCUAGCCAAGAAAGUCAAGAGAAAAAAGCUUCGAGCGUCGAAUCUGAGGAAGGAGAGAAGAAGAAAGAGCCAGAAUUGACAAAUGGAACUUCCGAAGACAAAUCCGAUAGCGAUUCGAAAGAAAAAGAAUCGAGUUGAAUUAACGGCGCUAAUUAAUUCUAAUAUACGUAUAUACAUAAAAAUACAUAUAUAUUAAAAAGAAUGUAAAACCGUGAAGAUCAAGAAUUUUGCAGAUAAGUAACUCUAUUAUUUCUCAUUAUACAGAGAUCUACAUUUAUUGCGCUACACAACACUUGAUUAUUAUGUACUAAUGUUCGCAAAUUAUCGUGUAGAUAACGAAUUAAUUUGGAAAACGAAGACAAAAAAUUACACGAAACAGCAAGACACAGAACACAAAAAUUAAGAAUUUCAAAAUAUUUAGCUCAAUUUGACCAAAAAAGAGAAGAAAAAGACUCGUUUUUCAAAGUUCAUUUGCAUGCCUCUCUCCUUCCGUCUGUUUGCGCUGAAAGAAUUCUUUGAUGGAAUUCACGAGUGAAAGGGUGGAUGUGAGAAUAUACGUAAAGAUUCAUGUGUGAAGAUGUUCGUGUGCGAACCAGAAGGAAGUAAAAAAAAAAAAAAAAAAAGAAAAAGAAAAAAAAUAGAAAAAAAAAAAAACAACCAAAUAUAAAAAAACAAUAUCUUGACGUGGUCCACAGUAGUUUGCAGAAUAUAAAAAUUAUUAUUUUUAUUUUUUCACACCGACCAAACAUACGAUUCGUUUUCAUAUAUGAUAGAGUAAAUGGCAAGGAUCCUUUGGACAAUCUUUAAUAGUUUUUUAAUUCUUUUUUUACAUCAUAUUUCGUACUUAUAAAAAGUAUCAAGAAAAACGAUAAAAGUGAAAAUAAAUAAAUAAAUAAAGAUUGUCCAAUGAUUCUAUACUGGCCAGCAAGAUUGCUACUUUUAUCUAUUUGCAUCGAGUACUAUUACUGCUGCGAUAAGUAUAUAGAUAAGUGUAUAUAUAUACACAUAUGUAUAUGCAAUGACAUUUUACACGAUAUAAUAGUACCAUUUACUGUAAUUUAAUAGAAUACGAUGGCAGCGAUAAUCUCAUCAGCUUUACAGAGAAGGGAAGAAAAAAAUUACAUUAGAUAGAAUCCUGUAUCUCAAAAGGCUGGG